CUGUAGUUCAUACAGAGGCGGUAAUUGGUUUAACAGCACUCUCCCUUCGUUUCACGCUGCCAUCUGCUACCUCUUCGCCCGCUCUCUGCACCGCUGUCGCCUUCACCUCAGUUCGGCUUUUCCUCUCCGGUGGUCGGCGGUCGGUUUCGUACCCCAAACUGCCACAGUUUAACAACGACUCAGUAGUCAGCACCAGCUCUUUUCUUCCCGUCGGCCACCGCCUUUGCCGCCAGAACUAUCCGCUUAGUCAGCUAGUUUCUCAAAUAUUUCUCGCAAUGAUGAAUCAGUUACGGAAGCUGUUCCUCCACGAUAGCUACUACGCCAAGUACUUCGUCGCGAGGCAAGAAUCCUACAGGCGGCUAGCCGACCACGUUCUGCGGCGAUGGCAAUCGCGAACCUCCGGGGAUACUUUCCAGGAAUCAGACCCUACGAGAAGAGAAGCAACGGAAUCCCCUCAAGUUUCCUCCAGGCCCAUGCGCACCAAAUCUACCGCUAGCAGUGAAAACGACGCAGGCUCCAAUAAAUGGAAGCUGGAGCCUGUUUGGUUCACAAAAACCCUUGAACCAGCCUUGCAAUUCUGCAGGGAGUGGGAUUGGAAACAAAGUCCCUCCAAGUGGUCGAUCUAUUUCAGAAGUAAUUUCUAGCAUUCAGAGGAGUAAGAUUGGGAUUGAGGAUUGGACCUUGAGUGAUUUUACGAUUGGCUUGUAUCUUCUAUAUCUUCGUCAGGGUUCUUUGAAUGCGUUUGAGGAUGUUAAGGGGAUUCAAGUCUCUUCUGAAGCAAUAAUUGAAGAUCUAAUAUAUCACCUUGAGUUGGCAAAAGGCUGUUAUAAGGGUGACAUUUCUGGUCUUGUCCGGCACAGCAUGCUCCGGGAGAAAAAUAUUCUCAAAUAUGUGAAAGAUUCUAGUGUGAUGAGGCCUGGAUACUACAUUGGCAUUGAUCCACGCAAGAAGCUUGUGAUUUUGGGAAUUCGUGGUACUAAUACAGUAUAUGAUCUCAUCACUGAUGUUUCGUCAAGUGAUGAUGACGUCACUAUUGAGGGUUAUUCAACCCAUUUUGGCACUGCUGAAGCUGCUCGUUGGUUUCUUAAACAUGAGACGAAAACCAUAAGGAAGUACUUGGAGACUCAUGAUGGAUAUAGGUUUAGGGUAGUGGGUCAUUCUCUUGGAGGUGCCAUUGCUUCUUUGCUGGCAAUCAUGCUCCGCAGAUGUUCGCAUGAAGAACUUGGAUUUUCUCCUGAGCUUGUUUCUGCUGUUGGGUAUGCUACCCCACCAUGCGUCUCCAGCAAACUUGCUGAAAGUUGUUCAGAUUUCGUUUCUAAUGUUGUAAUGCAGGAUGAUAUCGUACCUAGGUUAAGUGCAGCUUCUUUGGCACGAUUGCGGAAUGAAAUUCUUCAAACUGAUUGGACCAGUGUAAUUGAGAAAGAAGACUGGAAAAGCGUUAUAGGUAUGGUCACCAAUGCAAAGCAAGUUGUGUCUUCAGUUCAAGAUGUGGCUAGCAAGCUGGCUGACUUUGCUAAGUUUUGGGAUGGGUGAGCGCCUAGGGCCCUUCUGCUAGUACUGGUUGUUGAAUGCAUGGCAGAAAAUAGAGGUAGACACUAGGAUAUGCACCAUGUUAUAUGAUGGAUUCUCCUACCAGGAAGGCACCUCGUGUUGCUUUGACCUCCAAAGCCGCCACAGAGAACGCUGAUAUCAACGAAAAGGAAGGACACACAAAUAUCGUGCCAGAGGAGUUGUUCGUGCCAGGGUCCGUGUACUAUCUCAAACGGAACGUCGAUCUCAGCAGCAGCAGCAGCAGCAGGGGCUUGGAAUAUUUCACAUUGUUGAAGAGGCAGCCAGGUGAGCAUUUCCAGAAGAUAAUUCUGUCGAACAACAUAAUUUCAGACCACAAAUGCGACAGCCAUCAGUAUGCUCUGCGGGACGUACUCAAAGGCUUGCCUGGUGCUCGGGAUGAAGUCAUUUUCAGAUGACGAAGUAGCCAUUACCUAUCACUGCCACCCCUUGUUAGCUGGGCAGUAAAUUUUGCAACCUUAAUAAUGUACAGUUAAUUUCUUGUUUCUACUUCAUGUUCAAUAAUCAUGCAUUUGUAAAAGGCAAAGGGGGGUUAUGCACUGUAAUAAUCAGUUCCUUUUUUCUGUCAG